ACGUCCUAUUGAAGAUGCUGAACAAGGGAUACACAGCCGAAGACAAGUCCCACUCCCACUCCCACACCCCAGCCAUGGUCAACGCCCUCUCGUUCUCACUCCUCCUCUCGUUCGCACUCCUCCUCCUCCCCUCCUCGCGCCUCUCCCUCGCCACAUCACCACCACAACAAGACCCAGAAACCCCUAUCACCCGGUACCAGCAAUACCUGAGAUUCAACACCGCCCAUCCAAACCCAGACUACACAGCUCCAGUUUCUUUUCUAACCUCCUUAGCCCAGUCCCUCGGUCUCAAAACCCAGACUCUCGAAUUCAUACCCAACAAACCAACUCUUCUCAUAACCUGGCAAGGCUCAAACCCAUCUCUCCCUUCACUCCUCUUCAACUCCCACCUCGACUCUGUCCCAGCUGAACCUUCCAAAUGGACCCAUCCUCCUUUCUCAGCCACGCUAACCCCAGAAGGAAAAAUAUUUGCACGCGGAGCUCAAGACGACAAGUGCAUAGCUAUUCAGUACUUAGAAGCAAUCCGCAACUUAAAAGCAAGAAACUUUGUCCCUACAAGGACACUACACAUUUCUUUUGUUCCUGAUGAGGAGAUUGGUGGGAUUGACGCGGCUGAUAAGUUUGUCAAGUCUAAAGAGUUCAAAGAUUUGGAUGUUGGGUUUGUUUUGGAUGAAGGGCUGGCUUCAGUUAACGAUGAAUUUAGAGUUUUUUAUGCUGAUAGGUCGCCUUGGAAUUUGAUUAUUAAGGCUAAAGGAGUGCCUGGGCAUGGGUCGAGAAUGUAUGAUAACGGAGCUAUGGAGAAUUUGAUGGAUAGUAUCGAGGUUAUCAACAGGUUUAGAGAUAGUCAGUUUGAUAUUGUUAAGGCUGGAAAAGCCGCGAACUCGGAAGUUAUCUCAGUUAAUCCUGUUUUCUUGAAAGCUGGGAUUCCUUCCCCAACUGGUUUUGUGAUGAAUAUGCAACCUUCGGAGGCAGAAGCAGGGUUUGAUCUUCGAUUGCCUCCUACAGCGGACCCGCAUCUUAUGAAGAAAAGAAUUGCUGAAGAGUGGGCGCCAGCUGUACGAAACAUGACGUACGAGAUAAUUGAGAAAGGACCCUUGAGAGAUUAUAUGGGACGCCCAUUAAUGACAGCAACAGAUGAUUCGAACCCAUGGUGGUCUGUUUUCAAGCAAGCCAUUGCAGCAGCUGGAGGAAAACUUGCAAAGCCUGAAAUAUUGCGUUCAACUACUGAUGCACGGUUCAUGAGACAGUUGGGGAUUCCCACUUUUGGAUUCUCUCCAAUGACAAAUACCCCUGUUUUAUCCCAUGAUCAUAACGAGUUCUUGAAGGACACCAUAUUCUUGAAAGGAAUUGAGGUUUAUGAACAUAUAAUUCCUGCGUUGAGUUUGUUUGAGGAAGCUAAUUCAAUAUAGAUGUUCUCAGUUUGGACAUGAUAGGAGGACCAAUGCAUGGGAUGCUGAUUUUGAUGCGGCGGGGUUGUCACGACUGGUAAGAUAUGCCAUGUGCUUGCAUCAUUUUGCUAUGUGUAGUGUAAUCUUUCUUUGGUCAUUGCUCUUAGUCUGAUAUAAUGAUCAUCAUUCACUUUGUUAAUAAGAGCGCUUAUCUAUAAGAUGAGCAACAGAGUUCGUUGUAUAUGGACCUAUUAAAACCCGUUGUACAGACUCCACUAAUUGAUAGUUGACCUACUAUUCCAUCAUUUAAACCCGAAUGUGAUCUGAAAGUGAGUUGUGAGAAGGUACUUCUGUGAUAGCAUUAGAAUGUUGGCUGUGGAUAUGACAUGCAUCUGGUAACUGGCAUUCAAUACUGUACAUCAAAGAAGUUUCAUCGAUGAUAUAUAUGAAGGUGUUAUCUGUUA